UCUCUUCUUUAGGCAGGCCUUUGGCGAUCUGUCUAUUAAUCUGUGUUUAGGGUAGUGUACACUAAGUACAGAAUAAAUUUUCAAGUGUAGUGAUGAUAGCACAAACGCGAAAGUGUGAAAUAAAAAUGGUGGUUUGCAUACACAGCGAAACAUAGCCUACAAAAAACAAAGUUAUAACCUACGAAAAACAAAGUUAAAUAACACGUUCUCUCUACAAUGGCAAUGGAAGGAAUUCGUGAAAUUUGUUACAUACUAAUGGAUUUGUUGUAUAUGGAUCGCGAAUCGAAUAGCGCGCGUCUUCAUGAGUAUUCGAGGACGCGGCUUAUCGAUAGUAGAUUCAAAAUUCCGCCGAGAGAGGAAUCGCGAUAGAGCCGGGCUCGAGGAUCGGUGCGUGGGAGAGCAGAUGGCAGAGAGUACCCGAGAACCGAGUGAAGCAUAUCUCGAUUUCCCGGAGGAAUAAACUUUUCACGACUCGUAAUGAAUUGUAUCCACAUACUAAGACUUUCUAUUAAAUAAACAUAUCGUUCUAUAUUUACAAAAGACAUAACAGGAUUCUUCCGACGACGAUGACGAAAAUGAAAACAUUCCUGAUCCACAUUUCAUGAUCGAGGAUGAUGAUUUCGACAUAAUUAAAAAUUUGAUGCAAGUAGUCAUACAAGGAAUUGUAAGAAGACAACGCAUAAAGGUAAUGAAUUAUGUAGAAAAUCAGGCAAGAAAUUACAACGAAAAUGAUUUCAUCAUGCACUUUCGAUUGUCACGAGAAGUUGCAUACACAUUGAUUAAUCACUUUGAAAGAUCUCCAGUAUUCAUAUCUUUAAGAGGUCCUGCUGUUUUUGAGCCUACGUCACCAGAGAAACACAUUUUGUGUUAUUUGUGGUUUGUAGGGCACCAAACUGCAUCCUACAGAGAUGUGGCAGAUAGAUUUGGUGUUACUUUGAGCACUUUGUACAAAAUAAUAUCCAGAGUAACGACAUUCUUAAUAUCAAUUGCACCUAAUAUUAUAAAAUUUCCUUCACUGGAAGAAAGAAAUCUCACAAAGGAACAUUAUUUACAAAAAAACGGAUUUCCUGGAAUCAUAGGUUCUAUUGAUGGUUUGCAUAUUAGAAUUGAUAAACCUUUAUAUGACAAAGAUUCAUAUGUAAAUAGAAAGCAAUACUUCUCAAUUCAAAUACAAGGUGUGGCAGAUCACCGAAAAAAGUUCAUUGACGUUUUUAUAGGAUACCCAGGUUCGGUGCAUGACGCAGUGUUACGAGAAUCCUCUUUAUUUAACAGCUUAGAUGAUAUAUGCGGAGAAAAUGGUUUUUUACUUGGAGACAGCGCUUAUCCCUGCAUGAAACGUUUGAUGGUACCUUACAAAGACAACGGUCAUCUUACACGAGCACAAAGAAACUUCAAUCAGAAGUUAAGUUCUUGUCGUGUCAUCAUCGAAAAUGCAUUUGGUUGCUUAAAACAACGAUUCCGUCAACUGUACCAUUUAAAAUUGAGAAAUAUGAUUCGAAUUGUUCAAGUCAUCCACGCAUGCUGUGUGCUGCAUAAUAUAGCAAACGAAAACGAUUUGAGACUAUUCGAAGAUCCAAUUGCAGAUGAUUAUCCUGAUGACGAAGCAAGACAUUUUCCAAUUAACGACAACAUUGAAAUAGAAGAUAAUUGUGAAAAACGAUAUCUUAGAAAUGAAAUAUGCCGUCAACUAGCUAUGCGAUAAAUAUAUACAAAAGACAACAAUAUACAAUAAGAAAAUGUGUAUUAAUCUUGUAUAUUCAUGUAUUUUAUAAUCAUGUACUUUAAUAUAAAAAUAAGAUUUAUUACAAUAAAAUAUUAUACUUUUAA